AUGGAGGUUUCAAAAUCUGAUAUCGAUAAACCCUUUAAACUAAAUGGACUUUUCCUUGCUCCAGAUGCUUCUCAGUAUAUACUAUCAAUUGUUCAACGUGUUGAAUCUGGAAAACGACAAAAGGUUCUUCGUAGGCUGGUAGAAACAAUACUAAAACAGAAGAUCGACAACAAUAAAAUUACAAAGGCAUUGUGUGAGGCAGCUGUCAAAGAGUGCCGAGCAGAGCACUCUACAGAUAACGCUGUUCUAUAUGUCAUUGAUGCCUUUUCGGUUCCGUACUUUCGUUUCUCUAAACCCUUAAAGAAGUUUGUUCCAUUUGUCCCUGCUGAUUCAUCCGAGAAUCGUUUGAUAUUUCCAGUGAAACCGGAUGCAAAAGCUUUUAUGUACGCGCAUCGCUAUGAGGUUAUAUAUCAGAGAAUUUUAAGACAUCAAGUAUUCUCGCAAACAGCUGCUCUGGAUGGGUCUCAUGGUACAAAUUAUCGUCUUAGACAGAUUGAAUAUUUACUUGCCUCUGGAUCAAGAAUAGAUUCAGCCGUUGUGUUAGGACUAAUUAGUCAGCUUCGUGAGGGUAAAUGGUAUGCUGAAGAUCCCUCAGUUGGCGGAAUUUGUGAUCUUGGUGGCUACGAAGUCGGUAAAUAA